AUGGAGGAGUUGCUUGAAGGCUUGAAGUCUGUCUAUGAAAAACUGGAUCAGCCCCUCCCACAAAUGGUCAUUGUUGAUAACUGCUGCCACAUACGCAGUGCAGUCAAUAAAGCAAUACCAGAUGCACAAGUUGGCCUGGAUGUAUUCCAUUUUAUUAUGAGGUAUCUUGCUGCCAUUCUCAACGGAACCAGGAACCCUCAGUGUUCGGCUGUAGCCCACGACAUUAGCAAAGCUAUCCUGAGUUCACGGGCAUCAGGUCAUGGAGAAAGUGCGAAGUAUCGAACAAAAGAAGAGCAAGAGGUCCAGCUUCAAACGAUGUUUGAGAAGUGGGCCGAAAAGGGCGGGGUGUGGUCUGCAGCUGCCUCCAAGGUGCACACAGAACAGCUCGCACACGUCAAAAAAGGGUGUUUGAUGCGAGUUCGGCAAGAUAUAAGAUCAGAUGGAAGCCGCAUUGAAGGGUUGCACAAGGCUUGGAACGGCAUCAUGCGGUCAUUUGCCAGCGGCCUGGAGAUGUUCUUAGCCUUAGGUUUUGAUUUUGUGAUACGUCGUAACAUACGCAUUCGCUUCCGCUCGCAGAAACCGAGCAAAUUCCUUAGUUCCAUCCAUGGGACACACCACAUCCGCUUAGCUAACCACAUUGCCAACUCAUGGAACAGCUUGCUUUCCACAGAACCAACUCACAGCAACAACAGUCAAGAGCUGAAGGCACGCCCUGUCCUUUCAUCCAUCAACACCAAAGAAUCCUUUGGUCUCGGCCCCUCCAACCACAGCUCAACAUUUGGAGGCCUCAUAGAACUUAAGACUGAGGCUGAUUUUGACGAGCAAGACCUCAGCCUGGAUCAAUUAGUCUUAGAUGCCGAGAUUGAGCCCACAUCAAUCCUGCAAUGCCUGGAUAUCGACCCCAACUUGCUUACAGUGCCUCAAAUCACCUUAGGCAAGUAUCCUCUUCACCAUGACUCUGACACACAACACUCAUGUGCUCUACUUGAGUAUGCCUCAUCGCAACCAGGUGAAAUGAUGGCUAUAACUGAGCCAACAGCGCUUGCCAAUUCCAGCCAAUCUGGGCCUCUCAAGCGGAAGGUCCCAUUUUAUGACCUAACUGAAGAGUUGGGGCCACUUGCUGGCGCAUUGGAAGGCCCACUACAGAAGAAGAGUUGUAUCCCCACUGCUCAGGAGACAACAGCGAACACUCUAAGUACAUCAGCAACAAACGCCCCAAGUACACCGGCUACAAAUGCCUCAAGUAUACAGGCAAAAGGCACUCCAUCCACCAGCAAUAUUAUCAGCAUGUUUUUUGCACCUGGAUCAAAGACUGUCGCCCCCAAGUGCCCUAGUGACAAACACACCAGCCAAAACUUGAUGGCGACCUUCUCACCACUUGCUGACCCCAACUUGAAUGGUCUCUCACGCUCUCAGCGCAUAUUUUCCAUCUCGACGGGUAUCGACCCACGUUCACUCACCCUCAACUCUAGUGCCGAAUUUUUCCUAUUCAUGGAUAUGCGCCUACAAAAUAAAUGGGCAUUGUUCAGCAUGACAUCUCAAAAAUGGGUUCUGGCUACAGCAGACUAUAAUAGUAGACUAGAGAAGCUUCCUAAGUCUGGUGGUAGCCCAGCAGUUAUGAAAAAACCCCGUGCACUAUUUGACAAAUUGGGGGAAAUAGAGACAAAGAUUGUCGAGAGGAUCAAGUCUAAUAAUUUUGUUUCAUCAAGCGGCAAUGAGAAGUUUUGGAGAACCCAUUGUUUCAUUGUCCAGCUCGUUAAAGGAGAAAACACAGACCUGAAAUCACGUAAGACUCAAAUAUGUAGCUGUUGCCGCACUAUCAAGUACCCAGGAUUGACAGGCUUUUCAGGAAACCACAAGAAACUAUUCUGUUCUGAUGGUGUUCCUGUCAGAAAGGAUUUCCCAGACGAGCUUCCACCCUGGCCACAGCCUCAAGGCAUUUUUGUGAAUGGCACUCACUUUCAUCCUCGGGUUUUCCUCUCGACUAUUCGUGAAAUAUAUGAGAAGGUCAUAAUUGAGGGUGGAAAUGGUGCUGACCUUGAGAUGGAAUAUCAGGCAUUUGCGGCUAUGCUAGUCAAACGAAUGACCCCUCCAAUUCCAAACAGCCCAGUCUUGUUUCGGCUUUAUGAAUCCCUCACGUUGAGUCCCCCCAUGCCGGAUUUGGUCAAGGAGCACGAAGGAAAAAAGUAUUUGAGGGUUGACUGUCUUUCCGACAUGGAGCAAGCAGUAGUGGUUUCUUGA